AUGCAGAUACAAACGACAUCAAUUGAGCGCUCGGACCUCCGCAUCGCCAUCGUCCACGCCAGGUGGAAUGACAGGAUCGUCUACUCACUGGUCGACGGCGCGAAGAAGGCGUUGAUAGAGGCGGGGGUUGUGGCGGAAAAUAUCGUGACGCAGAGUGUGCCGGGCAGCUGGGAGUUGCCGGUUGCCGUUGAGAGCAUCUAUGCCGCCUCCCUGACCCCUACGCAGUCGUCACCCUUUCCAACCCCCUUCGACGCCAUAAUCGCCAUCGGCACCCUCAUAAAAGGCGAAACCAUGCACUUCGAGUACAUCGCCGACGCCGUCUCGCAAGGGCUCAUGCGCCUGCAGCUGGAGAAGAGCGUGCCGGUGAUUUUCGGGGUGCUGACGCUGCUGAACGAGGAGCAGGGGUUGGUGAGGGCUGGGUUGGCGGGUGGGAAGGGGAGUGCGGCGCAUAAUCAUGGGGAGAAUUGGGGGCUGGCGGCAGUUGAGCUUGGGGUGAAGAGGAGGGCCUGGCGGGAAGGGGUUUUUUUGUAAUUGAACAAAGAAGAAAGGAUAUAUUGGGGUGUUUGGGGUGUGAGGGUGUGGGGUUCACGGAGGGUGGAGGCUUAUCUGUUAUGUUGUUGUGUAAACAUAUUUAUUUAUAUGAAUUUUCAGUGGACUUUGUUUGGUUGUUGUCAUGCCGAGUCAGCAGUUCUGGUGAUAUUCCGGUUUAAUCUAGCAAAUCUUGAAAGCAGACAGAGGGUUGGAUGUUUGAUAGAGUUGGACGCAACCGUGAGGAAGAGCAAAACUGGAAUUAAAAAGGCUUUGGGUAGGUAGCAUUGAUACCGUAUGAAAGAAAAGACAAGGCCACUACUCCUCCAUCUUAUCCCCUUCG